AUGGCCACAGUAGCCAACUCAACUAAAAGCUCAUUUAAACGCCUUAGGGGAUCAUCCCGAGGUUUUGGAGGCCAUUACAGCAUGGCAAUUCACCUCCCCUGCUCCCAACUGAUUGGAUUAACAGUAAUAUAUAGCUUAUGCACACAAAAAAAAAGAAAUCCUAACUUCUCAACUUAUAUAUGA